AAUUACACACAACCGAUAGACAAGAUCCUUCUUAAUUUGUUUUUCGAAUAGCUUAAUUUUUGAACAAAGCUAUAAAGACUGUAGAAGAACAGUAGUAUAGACUCAGUUUUAUCAAUUGGCGGAUUCUUUUAGACUGCUUACUAACCAGACAAUACUAAAAUAUGAAAUUACCAAAACAGAUCAAGCAUACUUUUAUCACUGUGACAAUGUAGUCCAUCGUGCUUAAAGUGCUAUUCACAUUUCUUUACCAACAUACUGUUUCCAGUUAAACUUUGUUUCCGUCCACAUUUUGAAAUUUACCCCAUCUUUUUCAAGAAUAGUCGUCUAAGUAUCAUAUAAAUAGUCAGUUUUUGUCUUUAACACUUCGUAAUUUAAAUACACACAUUUAUUCCGAACUUAUGUUACUUAUCGUCUCCAUCACAAACUUUCUAAAGCGAUAAAAGCAUAUCCUAGACCUUUUUCUAAUGCGUAUAUUCUGAAAUUGUUUAGAUUUUAAGCAGAAAAAAAGGAUCUCCGAAAUAUUAUGUUAUGUAUUAUCCUGCCAUAUUUCUUUUUCUUGCUCUGUUCAAGUUUCUUAGUGAAAUCAUGUAAUUAUUUUAUUCGUAUUUAUUUUGCAAUAUAUAUUUCAUUAGUACGAAUAAGAAAUGACUACAUAUCCAACCUUGGUGAAUCAGCAAUCGAAUGAAAUCCAACUUAUCUCUGGACAUUAUGUUCUUCGUAAAUUGGUUUGUACAUAAGAAAAUUACCAGAGUGAGAAUAUGAAGAUCGGCACAUCUCACUAAACUACACCUAAACCCGUAAAAGUACAUGUUAGCAACCCUCAUAUAACAAAAUGGAUAAUAGCUGUAAGGAUUGAUAUUCAUUCCUAAACAGCAUUUACAAAGCAUUAAGAGCUGUUAAGCGAAAAUCACGCAUUACUAAAUAUGUAAACUCUUAUUUUGAAGAUAACAUUAAUUUCUGUUAGACAGUUACAGCUAUUACCGAGUGAAUAUUGUAACAGUGACAAGCUAUGGAAACAAACAGGCAUGCCUGAAUAGUCUAUUUAAAGGAGACCUAGAAUACGUGUUUGGACUGCAUCCAAAUCAACCAAUCAAAAAGGUAAAUUAAGUGCAUGGAUGCUGAUAAUAAGAUAGACAGAGUCACAGAUAGAUAACUAACAUAUACAGUUAACAAUAUAUCGUUGUUAGUACUGGAUAAAAAAAGAAAUAGAAUAAUGCACAGUCAAAAAUCGAACAUUAUACAUUAGAAUAACAACAAAUUAUGUAAGAAUUCGUUGUGGUCACUAGGGUUUCCAUUAUUCCAUAACAUGGACAAAAAAUGUUCCUUCAAAAUGUGACUAAUGAUGUGCUAACUUUACCUAAUGCAACAAAAAGAUGAUGUCGAAAGUCAAAACAAUCCCCAAUGAGAAUUUUAUGGAAAAACAGUAUUACCUAAAGUGCCAAUCCACAUUAAAAAGAAAAGAGUAGCUGCUACACUGCUUUCUAUUUGCUCUAACAACUAAGAAUACCAAUCUUCAAGCUAAAACAUAUACAUAUAUAUAUGUAUUCCUUCUUACACCUGUAGGAUAACUAUAAUUAUGAAGGUAUUGAAAUUUAAUAGUUAUAUGUGAUGACAAAUUUUACCUUAGAGCAAUUUAAACCAGAAUAAUUUGUGAUAAUAAAUCAAUCGAGGUAUGGGUGAUUUGCUUAGCUGUUCAUCAUUUAACCCUCGUCUCCAUUUACGCCUAACCUAAAAUGAAUUAACUAAAGUGCUAUGUCUAGCCGAUAGUAAAUCCGCAAAAGAGUUAAAGUUGGACGUGAGGCUAGAAACUCCAUCCUGGCUACUAAAACUGUAAGAAGGAAGCCCUAUGUUCCACUUAUAACUAAAAGGAAUUUGAAAAAAAUUGCGCUGUCGUGAUGGUAUGCAGUUGUAUGUAUUAUCAGUUCUAUGUUGUUUCCUUGAAAAUAUCUCAUUCACUGAUACAGUUGUCCUUCCCAUAGAAAGAAGAACAAUCCAAAACGAAACACUAUCUUGAUAUUUUUCUUCUUGAAUUAGUGUCUAGGUGAAUAUUACCAAAGACUUGCAAUAGAUGCUGUCUAUCAAGUUUCUUAUUACAAACUAUCGGCUUAUUUAAGUAAUGAAAAUAAUAUUCAAACUUAUUCCAUUUCACCCUUGGAAGACGAUUUUCAACUUUUGUCCGGUAAAUACCAGGAGGCAAGGGACCAACAGCUGAAACCGACGCAGCCAGUUCCACUUAUUUAUGAAGCUUUUUGUUGAACAAUGAUGGCGGUGGAAUAGACACGAUUGGACACCAAAUUUUGGGAACAAUAGACGAUUUCCAGUUUCUGAUUGAAUACACAGUAGAUUUCGCCUAAUUUAUAAAGCUUUAUUUUCGUUGCAUGAUGCUUAACAUUAACUCCUGAAAAUCUGUUGAUUCAUUUACUGACAUUUAUAAACAUAAUCGUAUGACUCAUUUUGUUCAGUCAAAAUUGAGGUACCUAAAACCACUAAUUAAGUACAGAACUGCUUUUGAUAAUACAGUUGACAGUCGUGGCAAAAGUUUCUAUUAUACUUGUAGAAUGCUUAUCCAAUGACCGCAAAAACUAUGUAGAUAGUGAAAUAUGACGUGAACUAUACAGAACUGAGUAACACUGAGAAACUCUACAGAAACCAAAUCUGUCACUUUAUACGUCUAAGGCAUUACCGUCAGUGGGCAUAUUAUGCAUUUGAGAGCUGAAAGGAUGGUCAGUUCUAAUGAGCAUUACAAUAAAUAAAGUAAAUAUAACUGAAUGAAUUACUAUUUCCUUACAGUAUAUGCACUGGUGACAUAUAGAAAGGCUUAGAUAAUACUUAUGAUGUAUUCUGAUACAGAUUUUUCAGCAAUAUGUACACCAAAGUAAUCAAGAGAAUAGGCUGAAAAGCACAGAAUUUACACUUAACUUAGACUUCCUCAACGUUUUUUGACAAUUUGAAAACUGCAUAUGCUUAGGUUUGUAAGGUUCACUUGUUAGCGACAAGUCAGAUGAGUAUUUUUACAAUUUGUUUGACCUUUCAUUUGUUUUAUGUUCCUAUAUAUUUUUGAAAUUACUACUUACUUUUAUUUCACUUAUUUAGAUAUGGGCAUCUGUUCUGCUUGUUUUAAUGAUUGCCUCUGUGAUGUGCUAUUGUCUAUCCACACACGAAGUCUUCAGAACACGAUCCAGUAUUAUUCAAACGAAUGCAGAAUUACAUCCAACAGGUUCACUCGAACCUAUUUCUCACAAUGGUCAUCUUGACCAUUUAUUGCAGUCGUUACCUACAAAGCAGCUGUCACAUCAGUCUUUAUCACAUAAAUCUACUCCAUCUGAUGUGAUUAGAAAUAAACAAUUUCCACAUGCAAAUAAAACUGUUAAUGCGCCUAUAUCCAUUUGUUAUAACUCAUUAUGGCGUCCAAAUCCAAAGAUACAAAAAGAUUGUUCAACAGAACCAUCUGAAGGUCUUGUUUUCUUUGAUAUCUCGUUAAACUGUUUAUUCACACUUGAAUUCCUGCUCAAAGUUCUACUUGCACCAGAUAAGCCGAAAUUUCUUUCAUCUAUCGUUUCAAUAUUUGAUAUGGUGAUAUUAGUUAGCUAUUGGGUAUAUAUGUCAUUAUUCUAUUAUUAUUACUAUUAUCCAAAAAAGUCAGUGACAGACAGUGAGCAAAUGAAAACUGAACUCUCCGGGUAUCUUUGGCUACUGAAUAUUUUGUCGAUGACACAGGCACUAAGAAUAUUACGUGUAUUCAAAAUUUCAAAAAUUUCUCGUGGAUUAAGAGUACUCAUAUUAACAGUGAAGAAGAGUAUACCUGAAUUGGUAUUAUUAGGAUUUUUAAUGAUGAACGGUAUGUUUUUAUUCUCGUCAAUGAUGUAUAUAGCUGAAUAUCGCGUGAAUGACACCUUUCCUGACAUACCACAAUCAUUUUGGUGGUCAAUAAUCACAUUGACAGCAGUUGGUUACGGUGACAUGCACCCUAAAGGCGGAGCAGGUUAUUUUGUUGGCUCACUGACAGCAAUAUCUGGAUGUAUUGUAACUGGUCUAGCGAUACCAAUAGUGGGGAAUAACUUUAAUACAUAUUACAAGUACAUGAAAAAUCAGCUAAUGGAAGACAAAUACUUAAAGACACUACGUAAAGAUAUGGAAGCAACAGGGGGUGGCAGUGGGACAAAAUCAGGUCUUGGUGUGGCUUCAGAGAAAAGUGGUUUACCAUUGCCAGGCAGGAAACCUCGCAAUAUUAAUCGUAAAACAAUUCGAGGUGAUAAAAUUACUAAGACCGAUAACAUGAAAAAUAGCUUAUUUACUAUGAUGGAAGUAUGUGCAAGAUCUGUAAAACGUUUGUUACCAACUCGUUUAACGAGUAGAAAAAGUUGUAAGCCUAUAUGUGUGCCCAAAACAAAUACAACAGAUUCUAUGCAGCUGCUGACGGAAAAUCAAAAAUUCCCAAAUUCUUUUACUAGUAAAACAACAAUAUCUGAAGUGGCUGAAAGGAAGAGCAGCUAUAAACAUCAAAUUAACCCAUCCAAUAAUCUUAUUCCAUGUAACAUAAAACUGAAUGGUGAAAAGACAGACAUUGAACACAGACCAAGCUUGAUAUAUCCUUUGGCAACAGAUCAGCUUUUAAAUUCACUUCUACCAUCUCAGUUACCAGUAAAUUCAACACCUCAAAUAUGGGUUGAUGGAGAGGAAUUAGAUGACGCAAUAUCCUCAGCUAAUCAAGCGUGUGACAACAGCAUGUAUAAUGGCACAAGUCACUUACAACCGCUUUGUACUCCAUCAGCAAUAGAUAUGAGUGAAUUUGUCAAUAAUGGCACUGGAAAUCACCAACUUUAUUCUAGAAUGUCUAUAGUUUCUGAUGAAAUAAUACCUAACUCUAUAUAUAUUUCAUCGAAUACAAAUUGUUUUACUGCACCAAAUGUUCCAGACGGUAUUCAAAAUGAUUCUGAUAUUCUUUCCAGUGGAGAAGAUGGAGAUGAUGAACAUGAAGAUUCAAACUGUGAAUUUAAAGGGACUAAAGUGAAGAUUAAAAGUCAAAACAAAUAUGAAACCAUCGUUGUACGAAGGAAGUCCAAUUCACCGAAAUCCUUACCAUCACGAACAACACAACCACCUAUUAGUAACAGUAAUAUCAACAACAAUAUUCACACAAGCAGUAAUACUAUGGUCUGUAAUAAUAAACCCAUCACAAAACGAAUGAAUUAUGUGUAAUCUAUUAUUAAUUUCACUGGGGUUAUAAUAAUUCGAUGUAUUUAAUAAUUGUGUCCACUACUGAUCUAGUAAUUCACUAGGAAAGGACAUAUAUAUCAAUGUAAACUGUGUGUAAACACACAUACAAUCCUGUGGGAAAACACAUUCAUUGCUGAUGAAUUAUUAACAGUUACAUAUAAAAAAUUAUUUUGUACAUGUUAUACGUGAAUGAUAAAAUAGAACAUUAAAAAAACAACAGUUUGCAAAAUUAGAACAAGUAAUUAUGCUUAAUAUUAUUGCAAUUACCACUGCUACUAUUGCUACCACUAUCGCUAAUAUUACACAUACUAUAUAUAGAUUAUCAUUCUGUUGUUCAUUUUCUCUCCUUUCGGUCUGUAUUUUCCUUGCUCUUGUUUAUUUCUUCAGCUUUACUCCUCCUUUUCGUAUCUGUAUCACUUAUGAACGAGUACUAAUAUGAGAUAUGUAGAUGGUUACACAGAUUCUACCAUCAUCAUUAUUAUUUUAACUGCUGCAGACAAUGCAAACAACAAUACUGUUAUUAUGAUACUAGUGCCAUUAAUACUCCUAAUAAUAAAAAUGUUAUAAUUACAAAAAUGAUAAUAGUAUUACUGAUCCUAACCAUGAUAUGCAAGAUUAUUAAUCCACCGCAUUGUAAACUUAGAUUUAUGAGUUUUCAAUAGCUUACAGGUUUGAUAUAUGUUUGUGCCGUUUCCCUUUUAGUAGACGUCCAUCAGAACUUUAACUAUUGUAACUAUUAGUUUAAACAUACAAAAUUGCAAAAACGAUUUUCUUUAAGUUGUAGAAAAAUUUUGUAUGACAGCCGAUCUGCG